CGAAAUUUGAUCCAGCCGAGCGACUCGAGUCGAGACGGACACGCCGGUGGGGUCACCUCCAGCUGUUCUUGCCAUCACACCCUCCUCAUCCCCAUCAUCACCACCAGCAUGACAUCGAUGGACUCAGAUGAGCCGCCCGCCACAGCGCAGGUAGCUCAACUGCCCCCAUCAUACCGCUUCUUUCUGGGAGACGCAGAGGGCCAGCUGAAGAGUUGGUCGACUCCUUGUCCUCCUCUGCCUGCCGAUUAUCAGGCUCAGUUGCCUCAGGUGCUGCCGCUCAGCAACAGGCAGCAGUCUCAUUCGGCUGAGACGGCUGUACAGAGGAUGGCGAGUGGAAUCAUCGAGGGUAUCGGCUUCGUACUGGCUAUCGCUAGACGUAACGCUACUAUCGAUGUCGUUCUGCCGCCUUCCGCCUCUGAUGACCCGUCGACUUCGCACGCCACGCUCCUUGUGACGAUCAAGAAUGACAAGAUGAAAGCUGGACUGCAGAGAUGGGUUGGACUUGCUGUGGGAUCCAACUGCAUAUACGCUGCCACUUCAGCAGGCAACUUCACCAAGACGGUCCUGAGCCAGGACAACGGAUCCUCAGCAUCUUCCUCAUCAUCCUCAGCAACUCCUCGUCGCCCGCUCAGCAUCGCCUCAACGCACCACCUGACCCUUCCCGAGCCGCUGCAAAGCCUCGUUUUCCACCCUGCCUCCAACCCAACAUCGUUCCUCUACGGAGGCGAGGAAAUCCCGCUCAGCAUCUGGAAUAUUGAGACUGCAUUCUCCACGCCGCCGUCCCAGGCUGAGGCGUCGGACGAUGGAUAUACGGCCCCCAAUGGUGAGGAGCAGACGCCGGCGGCGGCGACGGGAGGUGCAGGCGGAGAGAAUGCGAAGAUGAGGAAGAGGAAGAGACAGGCUGAGGCGAGGGCGAAGGCGAAGGAGCUGCUCUGGGGUGAGGUUUGGAGGGCGAAGAAUCUGCCCAACGACGCCCUUUCCCUUCCUCAGCGGCCCAACAUCACAUCGAUUGCUGUUCUGGCAGACAGCGAAGACACUCCAGCUUCUCCAGGACAAGCAAGCUCAUCCGAAUCACCAGAACGAUCAAGCAUUCUCAAAUUCAAGGUAGCCGUGGGCACGCGCGAUGGACUGCUUCGCGUAUUUGACCCUUCCUCAGGCUCCCGCAAGCAAGUCAAGGAGUUCAGUAUUGCCAAAUCUACGCCCAUCAAGGCGCUGGUCAACCCCGCGGCCGGAAGUAAUGAAGGAGAGUUGCUCGCAGCUGAUGGAGAAGGCAAGCUCUCUGCUGUCGAUGUGGUAGCCGGAAAGCUCAAGUAUCAAUGGAAGGACAUCACCGGUGCCAUCGCAUCCGUCGUCGCUCUUCCCCCUCCGACGACGGAAGGCUUAGCAUCUUCACCGUCUUCUUCCACCCCCCUGGCAGUCUCAAGUUCCCUGGAUCGAUUGCUCCGCCUACACACCUUCCCGUCUUCCUCGCAGAGCGACCGCAAGAAGGCGCCCUCAGCAGCCUCGGCCCGUGGCCAGAACCUGCUCAAGGGCUUCACAGGUGGAGCAGCGGUCACUGCCAUCGUAUGGGACGGGGCCGUGCCCAUCGUGACUGCGCCUGAGGUGGACGAGGACGAAGAGGAGGAAGACGAGUCGAUGAAUCGUGGCGCGGCAGGGGAAGCGGACGAGGAGGAGGAAGACGGUGAUGACGAUGAAGGCGUAUGGGAAGCUAUGCAGGAGGUAGGAGAGGCGAAUGGCAUUCCUAGCAGUCGCUCCGCCAAGAAGGAGGGGCAGAGGCGUAGCAAGAGGCUGAGCGCGGCAGGGCCAGGAGGCGACGAGGAAGGGGAGGACGUUGGAGAUGCUGAGGAGGCCAAGGAGGAGAGGGCGAAGCGUACCAGGAAGGCGGAUUGACGCCGUGGGUCGAGCGUCGACAGCACAGCAUAGCACACUCGCACGUCAUGCCAUGCAAGGUCAUUAUCCCAUGUUCAGCC